CUAAGAAGCUAAUUCUAUCUGGGAAAAAAAAAGAAAAAAAUUUUGAAGGACAAUUUGUGAUUACUCUUAUAAUUAAUAUUGUUUGUACCUAAUUACAUUGUAUGGUAUCAUUGCUUGUGACUUCAUUAACUUCCAAAACAUUCCAUAUAUUAUUGUGACUAUAUAGUCUCUGUCCUCAACUUUCAGAUAUGCUAAUUGCAACAUCUUUUAUUAUUACUUACUUACCCUUCAAACUUUAGCCUCCUUCUAUGGCUUCAUCAACAACCAAACCACAAAAAAGGAUUAGAGAUUUUCUCACUGAGCAACAAGAACCAUUCAUAUUAGAGGUUUACCUUCUUGAGAGACAACACUCUUCAAAAUGGUGGAAAAGAUUCAAUGGAGAUUCUGAUGGAAAUAAGAGUUCUAAUAAUGAUGAGAAAUCAAGAAAGAGAAAAAAGGCUAUGCUUCCUUUUUACAAAGUUCUUCUACCAUAUGGAAAGAAAGGAAAUUCCUUAUGGUCAAAUAAUGAAGAUCAAAAUUUGUUUUCUUCAGAAACUUUUCAGAGUAGCUGCCAUAUGGAAUUUACUUGGAGAGUCAGUGAAGAAAGAGAAUUGUACCAAUACCAAUAAGCAAUCAGCAGAGUUUCUUAUUCGGCCAAAUACGUCCAAAAAGGUAGUUCAAAAGAUUAAAAGACUGCUAUGUGCCCGUGAGAGAGAUAUUUCCAUAGUGGCCAUUCCAACUAAGCAAGAAAAGGUAAAACAAUGUUACAAAGGACCCAUUUGUGAGGGAAAAAAAGAAUGCGGUCGGCAAGGUGCAAACCUCAAGACUAUGGAUUACUUGAGUUCAAUAGACGAAUGGAGGAACAUGGAGGAACAAGUGAAAGCCAUUAGUGUUGAGAUCACUGACCAUAUAUUGGAAGGUAUUAACAAUGAAAUUGUAUUAGAAUUUAUAGCAACUUGGGCAGACCAAUCCUAGCGUAGAAAUCAAACACACACAAAAAGCUCUCCUACUUUGGAGCAAUGAUUUUAGUUAUAAUUCAAUUGAUUUGGAAAACUAAUUCAGAUUAUAAUCUGCUUAUUACUUGCGUUU